CGGCGCGAAGGGCAGCUACUCGUGUGCGGGUUUCUCAGAGGGUCGGGGCAACCCCUUACCGGGCGCUAUGUCCCGGAACCUGCGCACCGUGCUCAUCUUCGGCGGCUUCAUCUCCCUGAUCGGCGCCGCCUUCUACCCUAUCUACUUCCGGCCCCUCAUGCGGCUGGAGGAGUACCAGAAGGAGCAAGCCAUAAAUCGAGCCGGUAUUAUUCAAGAAAAUGUGCAGCCGCCAGGGUUAAAAGUGUGGUCUGAUCCAUUUGGCAGGAAAUGAGAAGGCUAUCACCACCUCGAUUAUGAAAGACAUCUUCAUGCUUUCCAUUCUGCCGCAAGUACAAUAAAUUGCCUCACUGCAGAAGGAUGGCUGGAGAAGAAACUCUGUGAAGCUGGAAAUAAGAGUACUGUGCACAAGGAUUAAUAUUUCCCUUCUUAAGUAUCAAAAGAACCCUGGAGCAAAUCACACCAUUAGGGAGGUUUUCAUGAUUCGAUUUACUUUCUAAAAAUGAAGCUCUCUCACCCAGCUGUGGUUGGAGGAAAUCUACUUACUAUUCAGUCUCUACUGCUUUCCCAGCCAAGCUGUGAUGUGAAUGCAAGCAGCCAGUAGACCUGGGAAGAUCCUAGUCUGUCUUGCCAUCCUUCAAAUAGGAAAUUUCAGUGAAAAGCCAGCGUGCUGAGCAGCCUCAUGGGGCUCUUUGGAAACAUUAAAGUUGAUAAAACUCUGAGGACAAGGUACAUUGUACCCUUUAAGAAUAACAGUUCAGCUUAGCCAUCUUGUUGCCGCAUGUUGGAAAAUAAAUAAAUAUGAAACAAGUUCAACCCAGUGACUGUGCAUGCAUAGUAGAAAUCAGUGUUGAGUUAACGGAAGUGAAAAUAUGUAUAUUAAAAGGAUCUAUUUUUAAUUCACAGUGGUGUUUUUUUAAAAAUCCUAUAUAAACUCAUUAAAUCGCACUAAGAAGCA